CCGUUUGCCGCAAGAAGGGGGGGGAAACGUGGCUGCGAAUGUGUGUGUGUGUGUGUGUGUGCGUGUGUGCGUGUUGGUGACACAGGACAAAAUGAGAUGAGACCCCUCGGACGGGAGCGGCCGCCCGGCUGCGAUCCCUGAUCCCGGCCCGAUCGCUGCCCGCUGCUGCCGUCGCUGCCAUCGCUGCCGGGCACCGGCGCAGCCCCAGCAUCCCCGCCAAGAUGCCACUGAGCUGUGCCUCCACCUCACCCCUACGCUGCCAUGGCCACGCUAGAGACGCUGCCCGUCCUCAGUGACCCGGCCUACCCCAGCCCGGAGAACUUCCACGGCUUCGCCCCCCGGUAUUCCCAGACCAUCCCCAGGAGCGCCAUGGGGAGCGUGGGCAGCGGAGUGGCCAACGACCAGGAGUUCGCCAUGAAGAGCGUGGGCACGCGGACGCAGAGCGGCGGCCGGCAGACGGAGGGGCCCCGCAACGGCUACUCCACACGGGAGAUCUCCCACCGCUACUCCGGCGAGGAGAAGACCUACAAGUCGGAGAAAGUCUCCAACUCCCUCUACAUCAACGGCGACGCGCGCAAGAGCGAGAAGGUGAAGAUGGACAUCUGCGGAAACGUGACCGCCAACAACGAGAAGAACCUGCCGCCGCCGCCCCAGUACCGAGAGCCCGGUAACCCACCAAAGAUUUUGCCGAUCUCCGGCAAACUAGACCAGAGCAAUGAGCCCUUAGUUAGACCCUCAGCCUUUAAACCAGUAGUUCCUAAAAACUUCCAUUCCAUGCAGAACCUCUGCCCGCCGCAGAGCAACGGGAUGGCAGAGAACAGAAAGAGCUUGAACCAUGCCAACAGCAAUAGCCCGUCCGCGCCCAAGGGUGGACUCGACAAGAGCAGCCUUAACAGGACUACAAACCAAGGCGGGGGGCUCUCGGAUUCGGGCCGAAACUCGCUGACGAGCCUGCCCACCUACGGGACGGGCUACAGCCAGCACGUGGGCCCCAUGAGCGCCUCCACGAGCCACAUCAACCGCAUCGGGACCACCUAUGUGGAGAAGAACAUCGUGGGAUACAACGGGAUAUCUACCUCAGACAGCGGGCGGUCCUCGAGCAAGAGCACCUCGUCCUUCAACAGACUGAACCAUCUCAACGAAACGAUGCCCUUCCACUCACCCUCGACCGACGACAUCAUCCAGGACCUGGAGGACAGGCUGUGGGAGAAGGAGCAGGAGGUGCUCCAGAUGAGGAGGAACUUGGACAAGAGCGAGGCAGCCAUCUUCCAGGUGUUCGAGGAGAAGCAGAAGAUCUGGGAGAGGGAAAUGGAGGACUUGAGGCAGAACUAUGCCAACAAGUUGCAGCAGGUCUCCAAAAAGGCGCAGCGGGCUCAGCAGGCUCUGCAGCUCCAAAUCUUCAAGCUCCAGCAGGAGAAAAAAAAACUCCAGGAUGACAUGGGACAACUCCUCCAGCAACGAGAGGAGCUGGAGAAGAAAUUUGUGGCUUUCAAGAAGGAGCAGGCUGAGUUUCUCCCGAAGAUUGAAGAGACCAAGUGGGAGGUGUGCCAGAAGGCAGGUGAGAUCUCCCUGCUCAAGCAGCAGCUGAAGGACUCCCAAGCCGACGUCUCCCAGAAGCUCAACGAGAUCGUGGGACUGCGGUCACAGCUCAAGGAAGGUAAGAACUUCCUACGGGAGAAAGAGGAGCAGAUCCUCACCCUGAAGGACUCCUACAGCUCCAAGAGCGUCAACCUGGAGAUCUGCGAGGGCGAGCUGCAGAGGAAGAUGAGCGAGGUCCAGGUGCUGAGGGAAAAACUGAACCACUGUGAGCAGGAGGUCUCCGGCCUGAAGCGGACACUUGCCAGCAUGGGACCUGCGGGGUCUUUUGGCGGGGACCUCGGGGAGAAGCUGCGGGACCCGCUGGCCUGCGAGAGCGACGAGGCCAAGAUGCAGCGGCAGAGCGAGGACAGCGUGAACACGCUGCGGAGGGAGGUGGAGCGGCUGCAGACGGAGCUGAAGCUGGAGCGGCAGCAGCGCGAGCAGCAGGUGAUGGACUUCGAGGAGGAGCGGCGCACGUGGCAGGAGGAGAAGGAGAAAGUCAUCAAGUACCAGAAGCAGCUGCAGCUGAACUACGUGGAGAUGUACCAGAAGAACCAGCUCCUGGAGCACAAGGUCAAUGAGAUGAACACAAAGGCCACCAGCCCCCCGCACACCGAGGAGAAGAAGACGUGGACUCCCUCCAGACUCGAGAGGAUAGAGUCCACCGAGAUCUGAGGGGGCACCGAGGCGACACCACGGAAUUUUUUAUUGCUGUGCAUGUACUACCUACUCAAGCCAGUGAUCUUCCGAAGGAUGACGCGCUCCCGUCGGAGCGGUGUGAGCGUGCUCCCACCAGGCUCCCUCACCCUCACUCUCCACUUCUGUGCUCUUUAGGUACAAUAACUGUGGAUGUGCGUUGGUUUUCUAUCAAUAAUGUGACAUCUCGUCUGGGUAUUUUUCCUAGUACAGCUGGUGAGGGUCAAUUGGCUCUUUUGUAAUCUGUCCUGACUGUUACUUCACUAGAGGCUGCACCCCCUCUCCUGCAAUUCACCCUUCUUCGGUUGGUUGUUUUGGAGGGUUGUAUUCGGUUUCUUUGGUUUUCCAAGCAUUGAUGUGCAGCAAAACAGUUCAAAGUGGCAGGUUUGUUGUUUUUUGGGUUUGUUUUUUUUUUCCAGGCCGUUUUUAGCCACAUUGGCUAAUGGAGCAAAGCUCUUGGGAUCAUGAGCAAACUCAAGCAUUCUGCAUCAAGUAUCCUGUCUAGACGGUGGUCUUAGUGAAGUCAGUGCGAGCUUGGCCACUGAUUUCAGUGAAACCAGACAUAUCUCUACCAUAUCUCCCUCUUGCCCUGGCUGCAAGGGGUUAGGACAUCCUUGAGGAGCAGGAUGAGCCUGUCCUGGUAACAGAAGCCAACAAGGAAUGAUGUCCCAGCAGGAGCCUCUCUGGAGGCUCAGCAGAGCUUGACAUAUGCUGCGUUUUCACUUCCUUGUGGUUUCCUCCUGCAGUUCCACUCCUCUCCCAGGUUGUGACCAACCCCGGGAGCAGAAAUACCCUCCCACCUCUGCCUUGGUCCCCUUACUCUAUACCCAAGCUGGCUGCAGCAAGAAAACAGCUUGGAAAUCCAGGCUAGUUUCCCUUCCCAACAGCCCUCUUACUUCCCAAAGUCAAUGGAAUCGAGGUUUGGGGAAGCCUCCAAACCCAUGGGAUGUUUAUGCAAACUGAAGCUUUAGCAAUCUGCCCCAAAAGUGGGCAAUUGUGCCACCCUGUCCCCAAACGAGUGACACCUCAGUGCACUCUCUUGGUCCAGGGUCUGCUUAAAAACAGCACUCGAGCCUCACUCAGGAGUUGCAGGCGGGGCACAGCAGCACCACAGCUGGAUUGCAGCAGUCAGCCUUCAGUACUGCCAUUCCAAACAGCACCCACAGCCAUCCCAUGGGGCAUCCCACACUCCAGGGAUGGAGAUAACAACUCGCAGGCCUAGCUCAAGAAAAUACUCACUAUUAACUCUGAGCAUGGAAGAAGUCAUAAGAGGGGGAAAUGCUUAAGAUCACGCAAGUGCUUAUGCCCUGGCAGAAUAAUAAACCAAAUCCUACGUGCACAGUCACCAAGGCAGCAAAACCUGGCACUCUGCUUGAAAAGGUGAGCAAGGUGAGCUCAGUUCUUCGUGUCAUGGACAAUUUUUUACCACGAGUCACAAUAAAGAGAAGAAAAAUGUUGCAAAGUGGAGUUUGCACUGGCCAAAGGAUCAAAGGGAGUGGGGAUUUUGGCUCUUUGCCCUGGGGAGCAGCUAGAAGAGAAAAGUUACAAUUAGCACUGGGAUGUCUUGAAAUGUCUGUGAGGUGACUCCAGGGCAAAUUUGGCCAGAUUAAAUUUCAUGUGCAUACCAAGGAAGAACCUGGAGGCAUUGAGGGGCUGAAGACCUUCCAAACAAAAGCCCUGAAGCUGCACGUUUUCCAUGUUCUGUCUCCCCAAAGCUCUCCUGUUCACGACCAGGUGUGACCAUCAGUUUGAUAACAAACAUUGUUGUGAUGAGCUCCAGACUGAGCAGAGUGGAGACUGCAGUUAGUCCCACCAGCCCAAGUCAUGGGACAGUGCUACCAGCCAGGAGCUGGUGGUGGCUGCCAGAAAUCCCUGGGGCCACUGAAAAUAGAAAAGUGCCAAGACCAGGGCAUUUCAAGAUCCCAGUGGACAGCUCCUGUCUUUUCCCACCACUUCUUCCCGUGUCUUUGGAGCUGGAGGAAGACAACUCAUGGAAAACACCAGGGCAGCUCAGGCUAAGCCCCCUUCCCUGCACCAGCCAUAAAAGGGAGGUUAGACCAGGUCUGACACUGAUGGGCGUGGGGAAGAGUCCUACUGCAAAUCCUGAAGAUCUCCAGCACUCUUGGACAUCAGCCCGUGCACCCCAGCCAGGAAGGAGCGCAGCUGCCUGCCAGUGCCACACAGCUGCAGACUUUGCCAUGGCAGGGAGACAUCCACACGCACCUGGCCAGGCAAAUCCCAGAGCUUCCUCCAUGUCAUACUCCAGGCCUUCCAGACAGAGACAAACAUCCCACAGUGUCAGGGCUGGAGAUCUGGUGUCUUGCACUGUCUCAGUUUUCUGCUCACAUCGGACAAGCCCACGUUGUCCUCCCUCCCAAAGCAGGCGUUUGGUGUCUGUCCUUGUGAAGGUUGUUCACCUUGGAGGAGGAGAGGCCCACUCCUUCCACCUUCCUCACUGCAUCACAUCGAUCCAGAGCUUCAAUCCAGACCUGAGAGACCUCGACUGUGGACAUUCCCUGGAUGACAGAGCCUUGCAGACACCCGUUAGGACACUCUGCUGCUGGUUUUCCCUCUCUUGGGAUUCUCUCCAAGCAGCACCCCCAACUGUCCUGCAGAAACCACCCCACCCCUGCUAUGGUGACAGAAAACACAGAUGGUUUUGGGAGCCAAACUGCCACAAAGGAUUCCUGUGCUUCAGGAUUCCUCCCGACAACUGGAUGUGCUGCUCCCCAUCAAGUCCUCUCCCCUGUGCCAGCCCUUUGCUCAGCAGAGAUGGAGCAAAAUGAUGGUGAGACACCUGGAUUCCUCUCGUUUGUGCCCAGGUGGAGCUCACGUGGCUCCUUCCAGAUCUUUCACACUUUCACAAGCUGAUGAAAUCUCCCAUCAAAAGCUUCUUUGAGGCUCUGGGGUCUAAGCCCUGGAUUAGGACAGCCAAGGGGUGCCAGGCUGGUUUGGGUGACAUAUCCUGGGAAUGGCCAAGGAGGCUGGCAGCAUGUCUCUUGGAGGCUCAGGCAGGGCUGAUGAAUUGUUUCUGUCCCAUGGAAUUCCACCCAGAGUUUGGGCUUGACCAUCCCCCAGCUGUGUCCUCCACCUUGGAGCUGGGGAAACUCAGCUUGAUGUCCUGGUUCUUGUGUCAUUCUCCAAGUCCUGCCCCCAGCAUCCUCUCUAACUUCCCACCACCACAAGCUGUGGCCGUGAGGGUCUCAGUUGCCCAUACAUGGGGGUCCAGAAGCAUUAGAGAUGCUCUGGGAUACCCAACACAUGCAGCUGGACAAUACAAUCCAAGAUUUUUGGGAGAGCCAGGCCAGUGGUGGCAGUCCUGGAGCAGCUCUGUUGUCACAGGCCCCCCAUGUACAGAGCCCAGUCAUGCCCCAGGCACAUCCACACGGCAAAAAGAGGACACUGAUCAGCUCCAGAGGCUUCCACCCAUGAGGAUGUGGCUAAGCAGCCUGUCCUGCUGCCAGGGAAGGUCUUAUUCUGCUGUGAGCAGGGCUGCUUUGCUCCACCACCAUUCCAAGGCUGGCUGCUACCAUUGUCCCAGCAACCCAGCUGGGCUGAUUCCAGCACUCCCCUCUCACCCCCAGGGUGAACACCACAACCAGGGCACGUUGUUGUGCCUCACACAGCCCCACUUAGCUCCUGCCACUGUCUGCUGGCAGCUGGUGGCCCCGGUCCUGCUGUCACUGGUGGUGGUCACUCACCUCCAGGUUUCCACGCUCCAGAGAGGAAUGGAAUUGUUGCUCUAACACUGUUGUACAGAGAGAAGUGUAUUUGGAUGUAAAUAAGAGCCCAGCUCUGUAUGUUGAUGAUUAAAAGGAGACAAGAAGGCUCUGUGGCUUCUCUGUUGGCGAGCGGGGCUGAGUGCUGCACACAGGAUGCUCAGCACCCCCACCUGGGCCUGGCUGCACUGGGAAUGUGGGCUUCAGCACCUCCCAGGAGAGCAAUCCACUUGGGAUUAGCUCAGCCUGGAGUCACUCUGUCCUGCUUGGAUGCUUGCUGUCACCCUGAGCCUGUGAUGGGCCCUGGUUAAGGGUGAAGUCCCCUUUGCCUGGCUGGUGUCACACCCAGACUCCAUGCAGACAGUAGUUCCCAGAGUGUCCCCCCUGAGCUCUGCCCAUGGAAAGGAACAUCCUGCUCCCCUCCUGCCCCUUGCAGUGGCACUUUAUAGCUCGCUCAAGGCAGCGAGCUCACGAGCAACGUGACCAAAGAUCUCUGGAGAGCACUGGGCUGCAUGCUUGGAGCUGCGUCCUGGCUUUCCUGCAGAGACGUGAGGCUGGUGGGGGCUGGAAAAGGGGAAUGAGAGCUGGCAGGGGACAUGAUUUCCCCGUGUCCCACCUGAGAAUGUUUGCAGGUCCGUAAGGGCCUUCCCUGUGCGAGAUAGGACAGGAUAGAAAGGAGUUCCUGGGUGAGGUGACUGUCCCCAGUUGGUGACACCAGUAUCCUCCACAGCCAUACCAAUUAGCUCCACACAUUUCCCGUGGAGAAUAUGGACCAGGGGCUGUCCCUAGGAGUUGGGAUGGAUGCCAUUCCCUUUCUUCUUGAGGAGAAGAGAGGAUGCACACCAAGCCAUCCUCUUGUCUUCAGGAAACUUCAUGCCUCCCCUCUUUAGAGCAAUAGUUCUCCUCUAGGUUAGCAGCAGACACCACUACAAGGUCCAGUCAAUUGUUCUGGCUCGGUGGGAAUUGUCCAGGAAAAUGAGCAUCCUGAGAGCUGGUGGUCCUGCUGGCUGCCCCCUCAGUGUCCUCUCCCCAGGGCAUCCUCAGCACCUUCCUUACCAAGGAACCAAAUUCCAAGGUGAAGGCAGCGUGUUCUUCACUUCUCCUGCUUGGGGUGUUGAAGGCAUCUCCACACACCUGUGCUCCAGGAAGGCUCCUGGACCUGGCAGGAGGCCAGUGGGAGAUCUGUGCUCCUGCAGGUGGGUGUUCAGGUGGGCCUGGGCCUUGGGCAGAUGCCUCUCAACUGUGCCUCUGCUCCCCAGCCAUUCUCAGCCUUCUCCACUCCAUCCCUGGGAUGGAAGAGAGCCCAACUCGCUGUUAAUUAAUCCAAACCUUCAGUUUAAGCCUUGAAACCCCUCUAUAUUUACUCUUCACCAAGACCCCUUGCUAAAGAUCUGUUCGUGUGCUGCCUGUGCCCUGCUGCUCCUCUGCUCCAGCUCUCCAGGCUCUCCUGCCUCCCUUUAGAUCAUCCCCAUCCCCCUGGAGCAGUCAGUGCCUCUCCCAGGUACAUCUGGACAAGCUGGAGCUACAGCCCCCACUGGGAAUGGGUUAUCCCAACCCUGCUCUCAGGAGCUUCCCAGAACCCUGAUCCUCUCCUCUCUGGCACCCCCACGGCAGCUCCAUCAGCCCUGCUUUACCUCCAAGGACAAUCUGGCUUCCUGCUGAAGGACAUUCCCAUGGCCUGCAAUCCUGUGGGACCUUAGCACGGGGAUUCACACCUUCACCACCAGCUCUGGAGCUCCUUGGUCCUUCCACCCUCUGGAAAAACAGGGGUCUGAGGGGUCUCUGAGGUCCUUAGGGGCACACAGAACCCUGCAGUGUAUCAAAGGGUUGGGAUUGCAUCCAGCUGUUUGCAGAUGUUGGCUUCCCCAGAGGAUGUUUCAUGCUGGCAGCACCGAGCUCCUGCACGUUCAGGGUAAUCCUCCUCCCUGGUUCUCCCAGUGAUGGGGAUCGUGUCAGGUCUGGAGCCUGGACCAGGCUGUGUCCCCACAGCUCUUUCACAAAUCUGUUUUUUUCUGGCAGGAAGUCUCUGCUUUCUGUCCCAAAGCAAUAGGUUUUUCCAGGGAGAUUUCAAAGGGACUCUUCCCAACUCCGACGCCGGCAGGCAAGCCAACAUUCCCAUGAAUACCUUCAUAGCUCCAGCCCUGGCCUCAGCUCCUCUGGAAAGGGAUGCAAGGUCCAGUCUGGCUCUAAAUACCCACAGUGGCCUGAGCUUGGUGGCCCUGUUUAUCCAGAGAGCCCAAAGCUUCCCACACCCAGCAGGCCACCAGCCUGGCCACCCCGGAGGUGUGACCCAUCCCCUCCGUGGCUGUCACUGGGCCCCUGCAGCAGAUCUUCUCCACGUGGGAGCCACUGGGGUGUCCGAGCUCACGGAGCCACCUUCAGCGAGUGGCUCUGCCAUUCCUGAGAGCCAGGCUGGGAGGAGAAGGCCCCUCGACCCCUUCCCCGUGACUGAAAGGAGCGGAACGCGCGCGGGCAGAGCUCCAGCCCCGGCGCGGGAGCGUCCCAGCGCCACCCAAAUGCUGCACACCCGGCUGAAGCGUCUAUGCAGUCCCUUCCCAGGCAGCCGUGUCCCCGCAGAGCCCAGCCCAGGGCUCCUCCAAGGUGUUUUUGUUUGCACUCUCCAGGACCUGGAAAUCGCUGUGAGCCCAGAGGAGCCGCGCUGGCCUUCGGGCACCGCACCGGGCAGGGAUUCCCCUGGCCCCAAACCCAUCUCCACGUGGCUGAGUGCAGUUCUCCAGCAGAUGCAGAGCUGUGCCCCCUCAAAGCCCAGCUCCCCAGGGUGGGCAAGGCUGCGUCCGACCUCACCAGCAAUAACAGGAGCUCUGCUGGCCGUGCCCCCGGGCAGCACCUCCUGCGUGCCACCCCUGGUGCCACCCCGCAGCUCCCCGCGUGUAAAUUCAGUGCCAGCCCUGUGCUUCUCUUCCCUCUCGUUUCCUGACGCCUCGGUGGCUCUCUCUUUUCCCUUCUUUCCCUCUCUUUCUCUCUCCUCUCUGACUGUGAAUUCAAACCAGAAGUGUUCUGAACUCGACUCUGUUACUGUUCUGUCUCUGCGUCCGACUGUUGGUUCUCCGAACUGCGUUUAAACGAGACUUUGCAAAAAA